UUUUCUUCCCCCUCUCUCAGGGAGUUGGUUUUCACUUCCUGCACUCUCGGUGCCUUUGUCUCCGCCGGGCGCCGCGGAGGGCACACCUGAGGGGUGAAGGGACGGGGGACGAGGGGCCGCCCCGCUCCCCGCACCCGUGCCACCGAAGACCAGCCAGGAAAGGAUUAAGGUCUCAAGGAGGUGAGGAUCCGGACACCAAGAUGGCCAGAGAGAGUCCAGGGCCAUGGUUUGUGCUCUGGGUCUGUUUGGUGCUAGCGGUGGACUCUGGUGAGGGGCAGGAGGAAAGACCCUUUGGUGAAACAUGCCUGGAAGACUAUACAGCAGGGAUGCCAGAUUUGGUGCUGGAUACAGAUGCCUCUGUCCAGAACGGAGCCACCUUCUUGUCAUCCCCCAUGGUCCAACGAAGCAGGGACUGCAUGAGAGCCUGCUGUAAGGACCCCUCUUGUAACCUGGCUCUCGUGGAGCAGGUCCCGGGCGCAGAGGAAGACCACAUACAGGGCUGCUUUCUCCUCAACUGCCUCUACGAGCAGGCUUUUGUCUGCAGGUUUGCCAGGAAGAUUGGCUUUCUCAACUUCUUGAGGAAGGACGUGUAUGAUGCCUACCUGGCAAUGCGGGAUCAUGGAUCUAGUGAUGACCAUCCUCCAAUAGCCCGCACUGGCAUGGACAUGAGGGUACAGCCAGGGGAGCCAGUGAUGCUGAGAGGCACAGAGAGCACAGAUGACCAAGGCAUAGUCAGCUAUGAAUGGAAACAGGUCCUUGGAGACCCCUCUGUGAAGAUGAAGAAGCACGAAGAAGAUCAGGUAGAAAUCUCCAACCUAAAGGCGGGGACUUACGUCUUCCAGCUUACUGUCACAGACACUGCACAACAACAAGACUUCACCAACAUCACCAUCAUGGUGCUGAAUUCUGAGCAGACUGAAGAGCAUUGUUUGACUCCUAAGAAGGUGGGUUGGUGUCGGGGAUCUUUUCCACGUUGGUUUUACAACCCAAGCCUUCAGCAGUGUGAGGAGUUCAUCUUUGGUGGUUGCAAGCCCAACAAGAAUAACUACUUAUGGGAAGAGGAAUGUGAACUUGCCUGCAAGAAUGUUAGAGGUUCUGUUGGUGGGCGACAACCGCCAGUGUGCAAUGGGAACUGCCAGUCCCCCUUCUUCAGAUGCAAGGAUGGCUGCUGCAUUGAUGCCUACCUGGAGUGUGAUGAGACCCUCGACUGUGCUGAUGGAUCAGACGAGAUGUAUUGUGAACAAUAUGCUCGUGAGUUCAAUAGACUGCAGAAAAUCAACAUCACAAGUAAGCGGAGUCACUGUGUGGACUUGCCUGAUACUGGACAGUGCACCGAGAGCAUCCCCCGCUGGUACUAUAACCCAUUUUCUGAGAAAUGUGACCCCUUCACCUAUGGGGGCUGCGGUGGCAACAACAACAACUUUGAAGAAGAGGAAGAGUGCGUGAAAUCGUGUUCAGGCGUCACAAAAGCAGAUGCCAUCGGCCGGAGAUGGGAAUCAUUUGAGUCCCAAACUGCUAUGUUAAGUCCCUUUGAGGUAGUGAUUGCUGUGCUCCUUGUGAUCUGCAUCAUGGUGGUCCUGGUGAUCAUUGGCUACUUCUUUCUGAAGAACCGGGUGAAGAACAGCCGCCGCCGUCAGCCGCCCACUGCUACCAAUUCAACUGUCUCCACCACAGAGGACACUGAGCAUCUGUUUUACAGCAGUGCCACCAAACCAGUCUGACCUAUAGCCUCCCUCUCUCCAGCCCAGCACUAGGGCAUUCCCCCAUACUUCUGGAGUUCUGUUUGUAGACACAGGCUUGUGCCUGAAGGACUCUCUUCAAAGACAUUUGUAGCAUCAGGCCAAGAUCUAGCCAUGAUUUGGCAGUACUAGUGUUUGUGAUUGUCUUGGCUAAAUGGUUGUGCUGGAAAGUGAGGAUCUGGGGGCAUUCUGAUGCUCUCUGAUGUCUGUGCUUUCCUAACCUCACACAGUCCAGUGAAACUCUGAAAUACAUCUUUAUUCCUGCUUAAACCCAGAGCACAAUUCCACUCAACUUAGUGAAGGACCCUGGGACGGGAUCUGUGAAGCAUUUACAUUGGUGAAUGGUGCAAGCUCUCCAGUGCCAGCAAUUUUUUUACUUCAGUGCCACUUUCUUCCACCCAACCUUGUGUUUUCCUCCCUUCCCCCCAGUCCUCUGCAAGGUGUCCCUGCCUCCUAGCAGUCCUGGUCAUGGUGAGCCUGUUGAGGGCUGUGUGACUCAUGUAACCAUCCAAACCUGUUCAUGGGCUCCAUGACCCUCCCCAAUGGUUCCUGUUUUCAAGAUGGAAGGAAACAGAAAUACCUGCGUUAAUCACUAGGUUUUGGUUUUUAACAGAAAAGCACACCUAGAUUUUUUUUCUACUGGCUGCCAUGUUACAGCCUCCUACAUACAGCAUGUGUCCACCAUCUUCUCACUGUGACUUGCCCUGGUUGCUUUUCCAGUGUUCAGUCUGACUCCAAACACCUUGACAAAAUAUCUAUUUGUUCUCAUGUGAAAGGAAAGGAAAUGGUGAGGGCAGGGUGGAAGGACCCAGCUCUCUCUCAGUUGGACCUUUGCUGCAGCUUUGAUUUUGCUGCACUCUCCACUGAGCAGGCAGCCUGACCUGGGUCCUUCCGAAGCACAGGAGCCGACCAGGUACCACCAGCUGGUGCCCCCGGGCUUCCUUGCUCCUGCUGGCCCCUUCUCCCAGUGCAAGAUGAGCCCAGCCCCUGGAGUUCCAGAGUCCCAUGGCUGUGCCUGACUUCCCCACUUCAGCGAGGUCCCGUGUGUUUCCCCCAGUUGCAGUGGGGUGCUCCCCAGUUGCCUACUGCUGCAUCUCUGCCAUCCAAGCUAAUAACUGGGAGCUGAGGACUUCUGUUGGGGGCAGCAGCUGCUAUUUCUGAGGUGCCUGGUGUGCCUUGUCAGCUGAGGGGUUGGCAUCAAUCCUGCAACUCCCAGUGCCUGCUGCUCUUGGAAAGCUGCUGUGAAGAGAGAGGAAAUUGGUGUGUGUGCGCGUGUGUGCAUGUGUAUAUGUAUGUUUAAGAAGCAUAAAUCUACAUACAGGUUUUGGUUUAAAUGCUUGAAAUCUUUCAGGGCCAAGGGCAAAGUGGCUCUGGAGGCCCUGGUGAAGCCAUGCCUGGCUCAGGGCACGGCUGAGGUCUUCUCAAGUGCAGCGCCAGGAGAGCUGCCUGUUGGGCUGAUGCCUGAGCUGGAAGAGAAGAAACCAGUGCCCAGAGCCUGCUGGCAAUCUGACUGCACGUUUCUCCCCAUCACGGGCAUAAGCUUUCGUGUCCCUGGUGCUGGUCAGAUUCCUCCACGGCUUUUCAUGAUCUGUCUCGUAUCAUGUCCUCCAUCUAUUUGUUUUUCCCACAGCCUAUCAUGGCCUAUGCAAUAAACCUACCAUCUUGAUUAUUAUUUUUUUGUGUGCACUCACUCUGAUGAUAAACGUUGCAAUAAAAAGGAAUUGUUUGUCUUA